AUGAUUAUGAAGAUGAUGUCUACAUUACUAUCAUCGCUCAUCUUGAGCGCUGCGGUACUACCACCAAUAGCCUCAGCGCGAGUCUUCUCCGGCCAAUCCUUCACAUCGAUGUACUACGACUGCUGCAAACCCGCCUGCGCUUGGCCAACAUACGGUAGCUUCGUAACUGGUCUAAAAACUUGCAACGCGAAGGACCAACUCGUCCUCGAUGAUACCGCUGGAGGUUACUGUGGUGGCGGACCAGCAAGCUCAUGUACUAACCAAACACCAUGGGCGGUAAACGAAACCUUUUCGUACGGCUACGCGAGUAUAUUUAUUCGUGGUGCGGAUAGUACGGAGUGGUGCUGUAGCUGUUAUGAGCUUGAGUUUUUGGAUAGCGAGAUCAAAGGGAAGAAGAUGAUUGUACAGGGGAUUAAUGUGAAUUUCAAUGAAAACCAGAUUAACUGGUUCAGUUUGGCGGUCCCAGGCCAAGCAGACUGGCAAAGUCAAUGCCAAAGACGAUUCGGCGGAACAUUCGGCGACUUCUUCGGCAAGGAUGCAACUGGAUUCACAAACGUGACCCAAUGCGAUACCAUUCCACCAGAAUUACAAGCUGCAUGCAAGUGGAGAUAUACAUGGUACCAAGACGUCAAAGGACCAAACGCCACAUUUAAGCGCGUUGAAUGUCCAGCCGAGAUUGUGAAUGUCUCCGGAUGUCUACGAACGGAUGACAAAACGUUCAAUUCCAGCGCAUCGAAUCCCAUUUCUGCGGUAUCGAUAUUAUCGCCUACAUCACCAUUUGCUACGAUUAUUACUGUGGCGGCGAUACUACUUGGGUUCCCCCAAAUUCUUGAUUUAUUCUAA